AUGGAGUACUAUCAGGCCUAUAAUGGUAGGGAAAAUGUUUAUAAGACGAUUUAUGGCGACGAUGUGAAGUCCUACUCGCACUUGGUAUGGUAUAUUGAUGCUAUAAGGGACACCAACCCUGGUAGUGGGAUAAAGGUUGAAUUUGAUCAUCCCCAGAAACAGUUCCAACGGAUUUUCAUCGCAUUUGCUGCAUGCAUCAAAAGGUACCGGUUUUGUCGGCAAAUGGUAUACUUGGAUGCUACUUCCCUUACCGGUAGAUUCAGAGGUUGCUUGAUGGAAGCUACGGGGAUCAAUGGUGGUAAAGGAUUUUUCCCGCUUGCUGUGGGACUAGUUGAUUCUGAGACUAUCAUCAAUUGGAAGUGCUUCUGCUACUAUCAUUUGACGCAGAAUCUACCGAUCACUGGAUCAGAUCCUAGGUACUCGCUUGUGAUGGACCUUUUCCAAGAGGCGACAUACGCACUCUCACCUGAAAACCAUGUGAAGGCCAUACAGAAGAUUAGAGACUUGAACUGCGAUUGGGUGGCUGAUUACAUCGAGACCAUUCCACCUGAAGCGUAUGUGAAUGCCUAUUUCAAAGGUUGUCGGUAUGGACGAACAUCUAGUACUCUAGCAGAAUCACUCAAUAGUUGGGUUCUGAUUAGGAGGAAAAUAAUGUGCUUGAUGGCAGAGCAUCGUGAAAUUGGCGCUAAUAUGAUGACUCCAUUAACCCAUGAGUAUGAGGAAAAGCUUGCGUCUCUUCAAGAUCAAGGUUUGUCUUGGGAAGUAUUUGUUGCUAGUCCUACCGUGCUUGAAGUUUUUAGCGAAAGAAUGUGUAUCUUCCAGUUACAUUAG